AUGGACAGAAGAAAUCUGACAGUGCUUAAGGAGUUCAUUCUCACUGGCAUCGAAGGACACCCUGAACUUCGGGUCCCUUUCUUUGGGCUGUUCCUCAUCAUCUACAUAACCUCAGUGGUGGGCAAUUUGGGCAUGAUCAUCCUCACCAAAGUGGACAACAGACUGCAAACACCCAUGUACUUUUUUCUCAGACAUCUGGCUUUCAUUGAUCUUGGUUACUCAACUGCUGUAGGACCCAAAAUGUUAACAAAUCUUAUCACUAAUCAAAAUACAAUUCCCUACCACUGGUGUGCCACACAGCUAGCGUUCUUCAUCAUGUUCAUCAUCAGUGAGCUUUUCAUCCUGUCAGCCAUGGCCUAUGACCGCUACGUGGCCAUUUGCAACCCUCUCCUCUAUACAGUGAUCAUGUCACACAAGGCAUGCUGGGCCCUAGUGACAAUCCCUUAUUUUUACAGUGCCUUUCUUUCUCUGAUAACAACCAUAAAAAUUUUCCUUUCAUCCUUUUGUGGUAAUAAUGUCAUUAGCCAUUUCUACUGUGACAGUCUUCCCUUGUUGAAUUUGAUUUGCUCAAGCACACAAGAAAUUGAGUGGAUAGUUCUGAUUUUUUCAGCAUUUAAUUUGGUUUCCUCACUUCUGACAGUUCUUGUUUCUUACAUUCGGAUCCUUGUGGCCAUCCUCAGCAUGAAUGCAGCCGAUGGGAGACAAAAGGCCUUCUCCACAUGUGGAUCUCAUCUGACCGUGGUGGUCAUAUUGUAUGGGACCUUGUUCUUUAUGUACGUGCAGCCCAAAUCCAGCCAUUCCUUUGAGACUGAUCAAUUGGCCUCUGUAUUUUACACCCUGGUCAUUCCCAUGCUGAAUCCCUUGAUCUACAGUUUGAGGAACAAAGAGGUAAAAAGUGCCCUCAGAAAAUCUGGAUGGAUUAUAUAUAGCAAUUAUACAUAG